UAUAAGGCAUCUGGGAAUUUGUCACGGCCGUCGGCGUCUCCAUCAACAGCUAUCAAAUAUCAAUUUUUUCGCCGGCGUGUAAAUGUCGCAUUUGGAAAAAUUUUAAUUCCCACAAAUCCGUAUAUAUAUUGCACUCUGAAUAGGAUGGUGAGUUGGAAGGAUUUCUGGACGAAAAAUACGUUGGUGGGACUUGGGUUGGGACAGUUUCUCUCUCUUUUGGUGACUUCUACUGGGUUCUCAUCUUCUGAGCUUGCCAAAAGAGGAAUAAAUGCACCAACUUCGCAGUCAUUCUUGAAUUAUGUAUUCUUGGCGUUAAUAUACGGUAGCAUUAUGCUCUAUAGAUGGAAGCCUCUCAAGGCUAAAUGGUAUUACUACAUUUUGCUUGGAUUGGUUGAUGUGGAAGCCAACUUUCUUGUGGUGAAGGCUUACCAGUAUACUUCAAUUACAAGUGUGAUGCUGCUGGACUGUUGGACAAUACCAUGUGUCCUAUUUCUCACGUGGUUCUUUCUGAAGACGAAGUACAGAUUCAUGAAGUUGAUAGGUGUAGCAAUAUGUGUUGCUGGUCUUGUCACUGUUGUCUUCUCUGAUGUGCAUUCUGCAGAUAGAUCAAGUGGCAGCAACCCGAUUAAGGGUGAUCUGCUUGUUAUUGCUGGAGCCACACUUUAUGGUGUGAGUAAUGUCAGUGAGGAAUAUUUUGUCAAAAGUGCAGAUAGGGUCGAGCUUAUGGCUUUCUUGGGCGUAUUUGGUGGCAUCAUCAGUGCUUGCCAAAUAGUCAUACUUGAACGUGGUGAACUCAAGUCUAUUCACUGGACAGCUGGAGCGGCACUUCCUUUUGUUGGAUUUUCUGUUGCUAUGUUUCUGUUUUACUCUGGAGUUCCCAUCUUAUUAAAGAUUAGUGGUUCCACAAUGCUAAAUCUGUCAUUGCUCACCUCAGAUAUGUGGGCGGUUUUGAUUCGGAUAUUUGCUUACCAUGAAAAGGUUGACUGGAUGUACUUUGUAGCUUUUGCUGCCGUUGUAGUUGGUCUUGUUGUUUAUUCAGGGGGUGAUAAAAUGGGUAUGAAUACUGGUGAGGUUGGGGAUGAGGAGGUUGGAUUCAGCAGCAGUCACUUUAAUGCAGAGACUUCCACUACUAAACAAUAAUGCUGCAAAAUAUUUAUCAUUUGAAAUCACAAAAAGAAAAAGGCCAUCUUGGAUUGUAGAAAUUUUGUUGUUGUAUUGUGUCUCUACAGCAUUGCCAUUGGCAUUGUAGGAUAUUCAUGAAAAUAUGCUUCUGAAUAUAGAUAUUGUACAAAUUUAUAUUUUUUUAAUAAUCAAAUUAAAUUAUGGGAUGAUGGUUGCAAAGAUUGUAUAUUCCUGAAUAGUUUGUUUUCAAAUUUGUUUGUGUUGCACUGUACAUAUGUUAAGACAUGCUCAAACAAGAAUACUUCUUUUGGGUUUGAUUUCUA